AUUACAGCCGUGACUUCCAAGAUUUAUAUGUGUCUAUUGAUUAUUGCUGUGCGUCGAGCUACUUGUUUAGUGUUUGUGAGGCAGUGACAGAAGGCGGAGGCAGCGUCCCGAGCUCCCCAGGAUGACCAUUGUGACCAAACCCAAGACAGACGCCAAACCUCUCGUCCGCCAUGACUUGGAGGGCGGGAAGUGUGUGGUGGUGGACCCGUCAGCCGCAGCAGCUAUGGACGAGGAGGCCUGGCUGUCAUCUGCUGCUCGGUGCCGCAUCUCCACCGCCACCAGCGUGUGUGUCAGCAUCACCAUACUGCUCAUCAUAAGCAUUGGCAUCUUUGGGGGAGUGUACCUCUACCGCCAAUUCAAAGCCCAUGAGCCUCACUUCUCUAUGCAGCGCUCACAUUUCCGCGGCUGGUGUGGCAUCCCUUAUGACCGAGAAGAACUGCUGCACCCAAAACUGCCCCUUGGUGGAAGUCCUGCCAUGUACGGAGGAAGGAUCAACAUUUUUAAGGAUUCCACUUCACAGGAACAGGAAAAGGUGGAUGACAGUGUUGAGUGGUUCUCCAAGCGCAUGUUCAAGGAGGAAUUUGAACUGGACCUUGAGGGAAAUGACCAUGAGGAAAUUCACGUCCCUGACUUUGGCCUUCAUCGCCAAGGCCGGUUCAUCCACGACUUCAAAGUGAACAAGACUGGCAUCAUUGACUUCAACUCUCGCCGUUGCUACGUCAUGCCACUCGACCGCACCCACAUCCUGUCACCUCGCUCCGUGCGUGACCUCAUCAGGAAAAUGUGGAUGGGUUACUACACCGUGGACACUCAGGUGGUGCGUGAGACCAUGCGUGUGGUGGAGCCCCCCAUCGAGGACUACCAGCCCCUUGGAAUGUACAUCACCAAGUCCUGCGCCUCAUAUCCCACCUACAAGCUGGAGCGCCUCUACAUUCAUGACAUGAAGAAACGCAGCGUGGACCUGAUAGGGGAUGAGAGAGAGGAGUCUGUUCAAUUUGCUGAGUUUGCUGGCAAGAAUAUCAUCCAUUACAUCAUUCUUGGUGCUGAGGAGGCCAACCAGCAGUGAAGGGCCAGUGGUAAGGAGGACCAUGGAAGGAGAGCAGAGGGAAUGAGGUGAAGGAGUGAAAUAUUGCUUUUUUUCACUCUCUUUCUCACCUCCCAUGUUCUUGUGAUUCCACCAAUACCCCCACCAACAUAGCUUCACACACUGCUGACUGCAUGUGUGUGUGAGUUUGUGUGUGUGUGUGCAGAAGUGUGUGAUCUGGGGAGCCCUGGCCUGUGUGGGGGCAAGCUGGCCUCUCCUGCAUAUUUCAUCAUCAACUUUGAGGGUCAUGAUUUAUAGACUGAAGGAAACAUGAGAUAUAAAUUUGCUUUUUUGUCUUUGUUCAGAAAAUGUGGCUUUGGCUUCUUAGCGGAGUGUAGAGAAAUAGUGUUUGGUUUUGUUGAGAGCAUAGAGGAGGACAUUGCCAUUAAUGAUACACUGCUCAUGGAAGGAAGAGCUAUAGCAUCAGGAAAGAGGAAGAUGACCAUGCUUUUUGUAUGUAGCAGAAGCUCAGAGAGAGAGAGAGAGAGAGAGAGAGAUUUUCAGUCUCCUCACUUUCUUUGUUUUUCUCAACAGUAACACAGCACAAUACAGGGAGACAAAUUGAAGCGUUUCAUCACAAUGCAUGAUAGGGGACACAGACACAUACUAAACACUGAAAUGAAACCACUAGAAAUUGUGUGAUCCUUUCUCUCUCUCUCUCUGUCUCUCUGCACAGUUUAGUGGAGAAAGGAGCUUGGGUGAGUCAGGGAUGUGAGACUCAUUGAAAGUAUUACAGGGAUGUGCAAAAGUGUGAGUGAAAGGUUUUGUGUGUGUGUGUGUGUGUGUGUGUGUGUGUGUGUGUGUGUGUGUGUGUGUGUGUGUCUGCAUUGAGGACACCAGACUGCUUAUCUGCAUUGUUAUUUCCUGUUGGUUGUCCCUGUGAAGGUGUGGACAGUGUUCAUUCCUCACUGCCAGCCAUCAUCCACCUACAGUCCAACACUCCACGUCUGUCUCUACCUGUGUAGUAUAUGCAUGGGAAAUGUGGAUGAUGUGUUGUAGUUGGAGGUUCUGAGCCAAGGCAGUGCUUGGUUAAUCUCUCUGAUUUGGCAUGCACUCCUCUUCCCUAUUGACAGCUGAAAAUAUUCUGUAGCUGUUCUGUUCUUUUCAUUGUGGCUCGGUUGAGGAAAGACAUUUGCCUACCUAUUGGCUCUUUGUUAUAGGUUAUUUAGAGUGGAAGUAUUAGGCACAACCACUGGAAACCAUGAGGGAGAGAGAGAGAGAGAGAGAGAGAGAGAGAGGAUGGCCAUCAGUCACUAGCAUGAAAGAAUGUUGAGAUGGACAAGCUUCAUUGUGUCUCCUUCACCUCCCUGCCUUCUGAGCUGUGUUACUGUGGUUCCUUUGUGAUAGCUUAAGGCCAGAUAACAAUUGUUUAUGUGUUGUAUUCUGUUUACAUAGUUGUCUGUGGUAUUGUUUUAUUUCUAUUUUUAUCAAUAUUAUCAUAAUCACUAUUAUUAGAGAGGACUCAGGUUCAAUUCCAGUCUAGACAGUCAUUUUGGGUUUGUCUCGUUUGACACAGCAUCUACACGUCUUGAUGAGGAUAGCUAUGGGAUGUUGGUGUCUUGGUGAGGGUAGAUAAGGGGUGCUGGUGAGGAAUUGUCUGUUUGCAGUGCAAUGAGUGCAGAAUGCUAACAGUCCUGCCUUGGUGAAUGUCGUGCAGGGGUGGAAGAUCAACAAGUGUGUCCUCCUGCUUGUAUGUGUGUCUUUACAUAUCUAGUUGUGUUUACAUAGUUGUGACAAAGUAAGAGAGCUGUGCUCAUGCUAUCCUGUUUACUCAUUUAUUAUUAUUAUUAAUCACUUAAGCAUUUUUUAUAUUCCUUGAAUGAAUCUUGUCCACACCCGAGGUUAUUUCAGAUUUCUAUGCUUUGUGUGUGUGUGCAUGAGUGUGUGAGAGAGAGGCUUCUCAUUGACAUCAUCAGUAGUGGAUAUCCACAUUUAUAUUAGUAUUAGUAUGUAGCAGACCAUGCUAUAGAUUUUGGUGUUGGUCUGAAAUUUGUGUAUCUGGAAGUGUAUGUGUGUGUAUGUGUUAGGUAUUGUGUAGGAAUUAUGUGUGCACUGGACUGUGUUUUUGGUACUUGAAGACCUACUGUCCUGGCUCAUUGAUGCACACAAGGCUGCUCUGCGUUUCACAUGUCAGAACCCUUACAUCCCUUGCACCAUCCCACUGUCCUUCCAUCAACACACACACACACACACACUCACACACACACACACACACACACACACACACACACACACACACACACACACACACACACACACACACACACACACACACACACACACACACACACACACACACACACACACACACACACACUGAAAAAGACCAUAAGUGAAAAAGAGUACAAGGAAUAAAAGACACUGCAUUAUUCCUAGUGUCCUUGUAAAGAGAGGACUCCCGCACUACAUCAGUAUUAAUGUGAGAAGUAUUUCCUAUAGAUGUACAUUAUAGUUUGUGCUUCAGUUUGCAGCACUUAGAUAUACUAUGAGUAUUAUAUUUCUCUUGAACGACCGCCAAAGACACUUACAGUUUAGCAUAUCAGGUUAGCAUUGGCAUCCUUGUUCCAGCAGUGAGUGAAGGUUAGAAUGUAUACUCCCUGAGUGAAGAGUGAAGGAAGGCAAGGUUGGCAAGUCUUGGUGAUAGUAUACACAAUUAUUUCCUUGCUGUGUAGGUGUGCAUGUUGUGGGCCAAGAUACUCAGCUGCCUCUUCAAGUGUGCACUGUACUGUUCACUUACUACAGCAUUGGUUUAUGUAUUCAGCAAUCUUUUGUGCAACAUUCCAUAACAACACAGUUUUGUCUCAUUUUCAUCUGUGUUGCUUAUGAUGUCUUGUACUUUUGAUUGUAGCUGAAAUGUUUCCUUCAGGGUGUCUUUUGCUUCUCUGUUUUAGUAGUGCAGUCUGAACUCUGAUAUGAAUUAUGAUAAAGGAAAAAAAAGCAUAAAAGACAGAACAUGAACAAGAUAGGCUUAGUUGAAAGGAAAAGUGAACAUGUGUGAACAAAUUAGGUCUACGUCAUAAUUUUGGUAUAAUUUGUCUGAUUUGUGGUUUAAGUUGCAAAGCACAUUAUAUACUUGUAUCUGAUUUAUUAUUAUUAUUUUUUUUAUUUAUUUAUUUUAUUUAUUUUUUUUUUUGCAACAUCUUUAAGUUGUGAUCCAUUGCAUGUAAUCCACAGACACCACAUGAAUUAUUACUACUUAUUAACUUCAAUUUGUUUCAAACUAUUAUAUAGAUAAUGUAAAAAAAGAGAAUGUUAUACAUAUAGACAUAAAUCUAAAUAUAUAUAUAAUAUAUAUAUAGUACGAAACUCCACAUUUUACGAAUACAUAUACUGUGUUUAUAUAGAGGUAUUAUUAUGAUUACUGUCCUAGAAUAGACCAAUAUUGUAAUGUGGAAUGCAGUUCCUUUCAUUGCUGAUCUAGAGAGAGAGAGAGAGAGAGAGAGAGAGAGAUUGGUUACUUGCAACAAGAGACUUUGUGUUUUGACAAUUGUUCAUCUUAGCAAGCCACACCACCACCACGACUGCCACUACUCAGCAUUGUUGCAGUACUCAGGUUUUGUGGUGAGACAAUAAUGGAGUAGCCAGUCAGUUUGUAAUGUCAGUGCUGUACUCUGGUGUGAGUUGAGACAUUUUACUAUUCCCAUUUUAUAUAAACAAACUCUGCAUGAAGCCCCACCAAUGCUCAGGCCUCUUCAGCAGCACAAACAUAAACACCAGUGCUGCUUUGUGUGUGUUGGGAGGAGGGCUUACAAGUUCAAGGCCAGUAAUGCAGUAUAACUUUUUAAAUGAUGGAAGGAUGCUUGCAGUGAAGAUGAGGCAUGAGGUGUGUGAAAUGUCUGUGUGUUGCCUAGGUCCACCUUGGCUCAUAGGAUCUACCCACACAUGCAUGUACAGUAAAUCUAUCAGUUUGCUAAGGAUUCUUUCCCGUAGGUAACCGAAUGUGGAAGUAAGAAGUGUUGUAUCAGGGUUUUUGUCUAAAUUUUUUUUCAAGGAAGGACAGAGACCUGCAUCAUAUAAUUUCUUUUAAGCUUAAGAUGCUGUUGACCCAUGCAGCAUUUUGCACUGUCUGUCAGUACUUUCAAGAGCCCGGUGAGUCGUCAGGCAUCAUGAACUGUAUCUGGGUUAUUGUAUUCAAGCUCACAGGAUGUGGACAAUGGAUCUUAGGGCAUGUGAUAAUUUGUUGCCAUUAUUACUCCCAUCAGGAUCAUGUAUUCCCUGACCAUCGCUAUUGAGUAUAUUGUCAGGCAGACCUACAUAUCACUGUGCUUGAUGGCAGUUUUUGUACCAGUGUGCAAGACACCACUAUUCUUACUACUUCUACAUGUUGCAUAUAUACCAGAUCACAGCCCUGGAGCCUGUGGUGUAGCCUCGUUUUAUAUAGCCUAGAGUUGACAUCCACAGUGUGUGACUUCUUGGUGUGCAGGUCUAUAGAAGCAGGGUCUUGUACUGCUGUCACUAAGCAGCUGUACGUAUUACAUUGUUCAACCACCACUUGUGAUUAAUAUUGCCACUACUACAAAUAUAUUAUCAUUAUUAUGUAUGGGAAUUUGUAACACCAUUGUGGACAAGAAAUAUAUCCAUAA